AAAAGAAUAUGGUCCCAUUUUCCGCAUCAAGCUGGGAUUCCAGGAGAUGGUGGUGCUGACUGGCUAUGAGACAGUCAAAGAGGCGCUAGUGAACCAGGCUGAUGCAUUUGCAGAUAGGGCUGAGUUCCCCAUUUUUGAAGAUGCUGGGAAAGGAUCUGGUCUUAUUUUUGCUCAUGGUGAGAACUGGAAAGUGAUGCGACGGUUUGCAUUAUCCACAUUACGGGAAUACGGAAUGGGCAAGAGGACCAUUGAAGACAAAAUCACUGAAGAGUGCAGUGUCUUAACAAAGACAAUGAAGACUUAUGCAGGAAAACCCUUUGACAUCACAACAAUUCUGACUGCUGCUGUUUCCAACAUCAUAGUUUCUAUUCUACUUGGGAAACGCUAUGAAUAUGAAGAUGCCACAUUUCUGCGACUACUGAAGAUGAUAAAUGAAAAUCUUCAGCUUUCGGGAAGCCCUGCUGUGUUGCUAUACAAUUUGUUUCCCAAAUUGGGGUUCCUUUUGGGUGCUGGUAAAAAAGUAAGGAAAAAUGAAAAAGAGCUCCAUGAUUUCAUACGGACCACCUUCAUAGAAUAUCUUCAAGAUCUUGAUGAAAAUGACCAGAGGAAUUUUAUUGAAUCAUUUCUUGUUCGGCAAAAACAGGAGAAUAGGAAGAUGACGCAUGGUGGAUUUUUCCAUAACGAAAAUCUUAUAGGUCUUGUAGAUGAUUUAUUUAAUGCUGGUACAGACACAACAACAAACACUCUGCGCUGGGCCAUACUCCUAAUGAUGAAAUACCCAGAAAUUCAGAGAAAGGUCCAAGAAGAAAUUGCAAAAGAGAUUGGUGAUACCAAGCCAAAGACAGACCACCGAGCCAAAAUGCCUUACACUGAUGCUGUAAUUCAUGAAAUUCAAAGGUUUGGUGAUAUUCUUCCAUCCAAUUUGCCACAUGCAACCCUCAUGGAUGUAACUUUCAAAGGCUUCUUCAUCCCCAAGGGCAUGCACAUCAUUCCUUUGCUGACUUCUGUGCUCCAUGAUGAAUCUCAGUGGGAGAAACCUCAUGAAUUCUACCCUGAGCAUUUUCUUGACUCUGAAGGAAAAUUUGUGAAGAGGGAUGCAUUCAUGCCAUUUUCUGCAGGUCGAAGAAUAUGCGCAGGUGAGACCCUUGCCAAAAUGGAGCUCUUCCUCUUCUUUACCAGCCUCCUGCAGAAAUUUACCUUCCAUCCACCCCCAGGAACAUCUAAAGAUGACCUGGACCUCACCCCUGAUGUUGGACUUACCUCCCCUCCCAUGCCUUACAAGACCUGUGCUGUGUUACGCUGAUCUGACAGUAUAUACAUUACUUAUAUUACAAUAUAUGUAUCAGUUAUCAAUAUAUCUACAUUUACAUCUAUCUAUAACUAUAUCUAUAUUAUCUAUAUCUAUAUUUAGCUAGCUACAACAAUCAUCUAUCACUUAUUUGUCUAUCUAUUAUCUGUCUGUCUAUCUGUCUGUCUAUCAUCUAUCUCAUUUUCUUAGCCUUGAAAUGUCUUCAGUUUGACAGACAAGAUUUAACAAUAUAAUUCAAUACUGUCUACAUUUCAUGUGCUAUUUAGAAGAUAAAUGGAAAUGAUCUAUAUAUUAUAUUCUUUCUUUUACAAAAUAUAAUAAUUUAGUUAUGAUAGAAGUAGUAAUGAUAAUUGUGAUUUAAAAGUUUUCUCUAGACCUGUUAAUAUAAUCAGUAAAUUCUAGCCAAAAUAUUAAUUUGGAUAACAAAUGAGAUUCAGCCACUUUCAAGAAGUAGAACUGAGUGCUAAUGGCCAGAUGACUGCAAGGAAUAUAAAUUCUUUCAUCCUCCACCAUUCAAUCAAGAAGCUUCUUGGUUGUGAAGCAAAACAACUUCGAGGAAAAAUAAAGUACAGUUGCCUUUUGAAAAAGCACCUUUGGGACAACCAUGACCUGGAUGACUGAGAAUCUCCAUGGACAAAUGAGAUUCAGUAACAUUCAAGAAUUUCCUUUUUCUUGGAAAGGAGCUUUAAUUUCUUGGCUAUCUAAUAGGAGGAAUGACCCAAUUUGUCCAAAACCAUAUUGACCCAUCUCAUUAGAUAAUGUAGAAGAGAAAGUCUUUACCACAAAAACAAUAAAUGUGCUUCUAAAUAAACUGGUACAGGUUGAUGUUUGUUCCUAAGACUUACAUGAACUAUAAUGAAAGAUGUACCAGGGGAAUGAGGACAAAGGUUGGGGAUGGUGGCUGUUCUAAGGAGAGAAGAAAAUAGUGACAGCAAGAUGAUGACAAGCAUGGAAAGUUAUCAUCAGACACAGCUGCAGGUGACUCUUAGGUAGCUGCUCUCAAGUUUGUAUCACUGUAGCAUUCCAGCCCCUUCUGCUUCCCUACAAGACUUGGCCAUCAGAGCUUCCAUGGCCCCAAAUUUCUUGCUGAUUCCAAAUGCCAGUAAUAAGGAUGAUAAUAAUGUAUGAUCUGGCAUACAUUAUAGAAAAUUGACUGGGGGGGGGUCUGUAUUGUGGGAGGAGAGGCUGUCAUAGCAAGGUGUUCGCCUGGGUUGAUA